AGAUGAGCUGCACGUGAGGAACUAUUUGAUAGUGUAUUGUUUACCAGUUUCAGAGCUGCUGAAUACGGUCACUUUUUUUACAGGAAUCCCUACAUGCCGAAGAACUACUGCAGGGGUUGAAGCCAGUCACAUCGUCCAGUCUUCCAACAUUUAUUUUUAUGGGGAUAUGAGUGAAUAUGCCGAGUCUCGGGUGGCUGAGGCACCUAAAGAUCUUCUUCGCCUCCCUUGACACCGGGUGAUGUAGAUGUAGUAGUGGAGGCCAAGACGCGCUUGCAAAGCAGCCCUGCUGCGAUUUCCUCUGGUCUUGGGGGCGGCAGGCAGUCUGUAAAACAGUGCUAGCUGACAAGCAUCGCUCAAGAUUUAAAUUCCCCACGAGCCCUAAUUUGAGAAGGGUGCAACUGCGUUCAUGCAAUAACUAAUAACUAAACUAAUAACUAAUGGGGGCUCGAAUGCGGGAUGCAGUCGCACACGAUUGCGCCGUUCUCGGUGAUAUGCGUAUCAGUACGCAAACCUAACGCUCUCAAACGAAGUACUUCCGCCCAUAUGUACGUCAUCAAUACUGGCGGUAUUUUGAAAAGGAGCUAGCCGUGAAGUUGACGUCUGUAUAUCAUUUAUCUGUGACUGUAUGAUAUAGUGAAAUAUUUAUACGUUUUAAGAAAAUAAGCCAGCUAACUAUUUCAAAUAUGAGUUCGAAUGAGGUAACGUUGCAACAGGAGAAUGUAAGUAAGGAACAGCCACUGGACACAGAGUCAGAAGUCCAGGAUACUCCAGCACCACCUGCCAUUCCCUUUUACACUGAGUGCUCGGAAGCUGCACAGGCACAACUGUUUAACGAGUGUGAAGAGCAGUUUGCCCAGCUAGAGAUGCUUCAGAACGAGAUCAUUCUCGCAGAGCCUGACUCUGAUGAAAACCCUCAAGAACAGUCUGUGAAUAGAUUGACGGCUGUAGCAGCUGAGCUGAAGCAGUGGCAGACAAGACGGCCAGAACUGUUGUCCACAAAUCCAGAGGUGUUACUCGUCGUUGGAGCAGAGGAGUUACAAAAGCUGAAUUCACAACUGGAGUUGGUCCUCUCUUGCUCUCAAGCCAAGAGAGACACACUGAGAGAGACUUUAAAAAGUGAACAGAAGUGGUUGGAGGAAAAGAAGGAAGUGUUGAGGGCAGGCACUGAACUUGUGGUCAAACAGCGACUGGAAAACGAAAGGUUAUCAGAACACAGUGUGUUGCAGGACACCAAGAAGAAGAUCCAGAAGAUGAAGGAUUACCAGAACAGACUGAUGGAGACCCUGGCAGACGUACUGGCGGAGCACUUCCCACUUCCUACACAGGAGACCAACGCUGACAAGAAGGAAAAGAACAUUCCUCAAGAGCUGAACGAGAAUCUAAUUUCACUCAAUGAAGUCCUGGAGCUGCUGAUGAACACGACUCUGGAGACGCCUCACGAUCCCUACGUAUCGAUAGACGAGACGUUCUGGCCCCCGUACACAGAGAUGCUGCUGCGCCACGGCAUUGCACAGAGACACCCAGAGGACUGUUUCAAGAUCCGCCUGGAAACCUUUUAUUAACAGUAACUGGUCAGACAUCUUGGUUCUAGUUUUGUCAGCGUGUAUAGCAGCCUGGUCCCAGAUGUUUGUGCUGUCUUGCCGUCUCAUUGUCAUGCCAUCGAUCAUAAGCGUUGGUUAUACAGUACAAUCAGGUCUGGCACCAGGCUAGGUGUAUGGUAAUAUCAUGAGUAUGUAUUGCGAUAGUGGCUUGAUGGGUCACUGGUUUGUCGUGUUAUUUCCUGUAUGUUUCACAAUAGGUUAACCUUUUUUAAUGUUUUUUUAAACAUGUUACAUAGAUAUUUAUGUUGCUCUCUCUGGCUACUGGAACACAAUUUGCAUACUCCGGUGAAACCUUACAUUGUUAUGUAUAUAUUUCCAUGUAUGCCAGAUUUGUUCUUAAUAAAAGGAAAAAUCA